CGACCGGAUUCGGAAUCUCACCCAAAGUCCUGCAACCGGCGGCUGCGUGCGAGCGCGAGUCCCCAGCGCAGGCCGGCAUGUUCGUCCUGGUGGAGAUGGUGGACACCGUGCGGAUCCCGCCCUGGCAGUUUGAGAGGAAGCUCAAUGACUCCAUUGCCGAGGAGCUGAACAAGAAGUUGGCCAACAAGGUCGUCUACAGCGUGGGGCUCUGCAUCUGCCUGUUUGACAUCACCAAGCUGGAGGACGCCUACGUGUUCCCAGGGGACGGCGCAUCACACACCAAAGUCCACUUCCGCUACGUGGUCUUCCAUCCCUUCCUGGACGAGAUUCUGAUCGGCAAGAUUAAAGGCUGCAGCCCGGAGGGAGUGCACGUCUCUCUAGGGUUCUUCGAUGACAUUCUCAUCCCCCCGGAGUCCUUGCAGCAGCCGGCCAAGUUUGACGAGGCGGAGCAGGUGUGGGUGUGGGAAUACGAGACGGAAGAAGGGGCGCAUGACCUGUACAUGGACACUGGUGAGGAGAUCCGCUUCCGUGUGGUGGACGAGAGCUUUGUGGACACGUCCCCCACUGGGCCCAGCUCGGCCGAGAUCGCCUCUUCCGGUGACGAGCUGCCGAAGAAGGAGGCUCCAUACACACUUGUGGGGUCCAUCAGUGAGCCGGGGCUGGGCCUCCUCUCCUGGUGGACGAGCAGCUAGCCGUGCUGGCCAUGCCCCGGCCCGGCCUGGGGCAGCUGGUGCGGCCGGCUCCAGGGACAGCCGGGUCAACUGCGCAGCUAUGGACACUGAGAGGAGCUGAGCGCAGUGGGUAGCCGGGGUGGGUGGCCCCGACUGUGGCCGUCUGGGCUUGCCCCUCUGGACUUGUGACUCGGCGACAGCAGACACUGAAUAAACAACGGCAGCAACGCUGGGGAGGAGCCACCUGUCUGGCAGCCACCGUCGUGGUCUGAGGUCGCCGAGUGGCCACGGCUCGUCUCUGCUCACCCCUCACGUGUGGAGGUGACACCCUCCCUGGCGGGCUUGGGGGCGGGGAGCUGGGCUU